AAAAGAGGCUGCUUUUUUGGCCCAAAAAAAGGUCGCGGGUCUAAUCAUUGUAUGUAUCGCUCAGUAUCGCUCACUGAAGAAGACGAUUUUGCAAUUACGUAUCAAUAUCAUGUUUCAUGUUUCAAUCAAACUUCUUCUGCAAUCAGAAUUCUUCAACCAAACUUCCAAUUUCCAAGUGAAAAUGCUUGAUAUCAAAAUUCUAGGGUUUUAAGUUUCUUCUGCAAUUGAAAUCCAGACAACAAUGUCAACAACAAUGGCGGCGGCGGUGUCGUUGGAGCAAACUUCAGCAGACCUAACAAAAUCGAGAGCAGUACUCCACCAUCUUACCGACACUUUCCAAUCAAUUCAAUCUCAUGUUUACUCAAUCAUGGCGCUUUCUGAUCAAUGGGGAACUUUCCAGAACUCCUUUUUGUCGGUUCAGCUUUCUCUCGGAAGCCAUAUCAAGGAGCUUGAGGUGAAGCAGAGAGAGUCAAAUUCGCUGCGAAUUUCGUUGGAAAAUCGGGGGAAAGAGGUGGAAUUGCGGCAGGAGAAGCUGGAUUUUGUGGAGAAGUCGUUGAGUGAGGGGCGGUUGGCGUUGGAGUUGAGAGAGAGGGAUCUUCAUGAGCGGUUUGAGGUGAUGGUGUUGGAAAAGAAGCGUGUUAAGGGGUGGUGUAAGGUGUUGGAGGCGAAGGAGAGGCAAAUUGAGGAGCGGAGUGUGGCGGUGGAGGAGAGAGAGAAGGGGAUUGAAGAGAGGGAGAGGAGGGUGGGGUGUGGGGAGAUGGAGGAGAGGGAGAAGGCGGUGGAGGAACGGUGCCAGGAGGUGGAGUUGAGAGAGAAGGAGGUGGCGGAACGGUGGGAGGCGGUGGAGGUGGGGGAUGAAAGGAUUGGGAAGAGGUGGAUUGAGGUGGAGAGGAGGAAUAAAGAGCUUGAGGAGAGGGAAAAGAAGAUGAGUGAGCGUGAUGAGUGGUGGAAGUCGAAGGAGAUGGAGUUUGACCGGCGUUUUCAAGAGCUGGUGUUGAAGGAGAAGCAAAUUGAUGAGCGUUGUAGAGUGGCUGAAUUAGAGGAGAAACGAAUUGGUAAUCUUUGUAGAGUGGCUGAGUUGAAGGAGAAGCAAAUUGAUGAUCGUUGCAGACUGGCUGAGUUAAUGGAAGAGAAAAUUGAAGAGCGUUGUGGAGUGGUUGAAUUAGAAGAGAAGCGGAUUGAUGAUCGUUGUAGACAGGCUAAAUUGAAGAAGAAACAAGCUGACAAGCGUUGCAGAUUGGCUGAGUUAAAGGAGAAGCAAAUUGAUGAGCGUUGUAGACUGGCUGAGUUAAAGGAAAAGAAAAUUGAUGAGCGUUGUAGACUUGCUGAGUUAAAGGAAAAGAAAAUUGAUGAGCGUUGCAGACUUGCUGAGUUAAGAGAAAAGCAAAUUGAUGAGCGUUGUAGAGUGGUUGAAUCAGAAGAGAAGCGGAUUGAUGGUCGUUGUAGAGUGGUUGAAUCAGAAGAGAAGCGGAUUGAUGAGCGUUGUAGAGUGGUUGAAUCAGAGGAGAAACGGAUUGAUGGUCGUUGUAGAGUGGUUGAAUCAGAGGAGAAGCGGAUUGAUGAGCGUUGUAGAGUGCUUGAAUCAGAAGAGAAGCGGAUUGAUGGUCGUUGUAGACUGGCUGAAUUGAAGGAGAAACAAAUUGACGAGCGUUGCAGACUGGCUGAGUUGAAGGAGAAGCAAAUUGGUGAGCAUUGUAGAGUGGCAGGAUUGAAGGAGAAGAAGAUUGACAAACGUUGCAAAGCACUGGAAUUUAAGGGGAAUCCAACCAAAAAGAAGAAGAAUAAAGUUAAUAAACCUUGUGCGAAUCCAGGAUUGAAAGAGGAGCACUUGAGGGAUAUUAGUAAAUUGGGGACUGAUGAAGGAUUCCAGAAUCUUAGUCUUAAGCAAUGUUUGGCAGAUGGGAAAACCUUGCAGAUGUUUUUGAAUGAUCGAGUUGAUGAACACGGGUUCAUGAAGGAAGAGGUUAGUGAUGCUCUCAAGUUAUCUCCUAAUCCAGUUAGCUUGGUACUAACUUCUCUUGAGGGGUUUUUCCCACCACAUUUGAGGAAGGACAAUGUGGCGUAUGAAGCAAGUGCUGUUAGGAGUAGCUGUGUGCUACUGUUGGAGCAGCUGAUGAAGCUGAAACCUAGAAUUUAUAAAAGAUCGAAGGGACAUGCCAGGAAGGUUGCUAAUCAUUGGAAAGCAGAAAUGAAGAAAGAGGGAGAGAGCCGUGUUGUGGUACUGAGCUUUUUACUUUUAGUAGCUGCAUUUUGCUUGAGAACACAUUUUAAGAGGGAGGAAUUGAAGAGGCUGUAUGAGAUGGUGAGUCAGGACAGGAUAGCACCUCAGUUGCGUCUGGAGUUGUUUGAAGAGAAUGAAGGAAGCUAUAUGGCCACUGGUCCCCCUGAAGUAGCGACUAGGCAACUGCAGCCUGAUGUUUUGCAAGUGACUGACGCAGUUGCUUCAUCCUCCAUGAAUAAUUGCAGUGAGAUCCACUCGUUGUGCCUCAGUAUGGAUGCAAAUGGUCUAAGAUCCUAUAUAGGGAAGUAUCAGAUGGAGCAGAAAUUGUCUCUGGAAAAGGUUCUAGAUGCACUUCGAUGUGCACCAGACCCUGCAGAACUUCUUCUUGAUGUAGUUAAAAUUUUCAACCUACCUGAGUCAACUGCACUUGAGAAAAUUAAUUGCAUAAUUUUGUUAGAGCAGUUAAUGAAACUACAAAAGCAGCAACAGCGUAGUCUCAACUCACUUGGACUGGUAGAACAGAAAGCUUUGCUUAAAAUGAGACAAAAAGCAGAAAUGUUUGCUUCUGUUUGGAAACCGACUUUCGCUAAGAAAGGCUAUGAAAUUUUGGAUGUUUAUGGCUUUCUGCAGUUUCUAGCCACAUACGAGGUAGCUAGUUCUUUUAAACAAAAGGAUCUUUUUGGACUUUUCAAAUUAUUUUAUGCUGGGGACUUGGUCUACCGGCCUGAGCAGAAUCCAGUCUUGUGCCGUGCACUGGGGCUGGAAAAAAUAAUUCCAGGUCUUAUCAGAUCUCUAAUAAAAAAGGACCGACGACUACAGGCUGUCAAGUACAUAUGUACAUUUAUGAUGCAAUCUUGUUUCCCACUAGCUCCUCUACUAAAAGAUCACCUCAAGUUCACAAAGGAAAAAUCUGUGAAGUUAUGGAUGAGAGGAAACAAUUCUCGUGCGGCAAAGAUUGAUGAUGCCCGCUUUGAGAUUUGUACCCUGCAAGCUGUACUUCGAUACAUUAAUGAUUAUGAGCUUGAGUCAGAACUCUCCCAUGUUUCCCUUGAAUCACGUAUCAAGGAGUUGGAAUCGGAUAUUGCAGAACUGGAGACUGCCACCACAAAAAUUGAACAGCCGGAAGCUACUGAACAAACAGAGGGGCAAAAGGAUGAUAUUUCCAAAAGCUUAGAAAUGGAAAUGGUAGGAAAUUGUUCAACUCAGUUUGUAACAAAUGCCGAAAAGAAUCUUUUGCCUCCAGCCUCUCCUGCUGCCACUACAUCAGAGUUAUUUGGUGGGAAGAAGCGCACUUCCAGCCCCUCUCCUUCAUUUAUGCUGCCACAAGAAAAGCGCCUCAAGGCAGGAGAUUCUGUGCCAAUGAUGGGCAUGAGUGCACCUCAACUAGGUCCAGGUGCAUCUGAACGUCAACCUCAUGUUAGGCCCAAUGAACUCCUUGUGUUGCCUCAUGGAGCAUUGCCUGCUGUAAACGGCUCAAGGGCCCAAUUUCAUUUCCCUGGCAGUAAUGAAGCCACUUCCUAUAGGGGUAAGGAACAAAUUGUACCUACAGCUGGAAUCAGCCCUGGUGGCAUUAAUGCAGACCUGAAAACUGCCGCUACAGGAUUGGAACAAGCGGCAGAAACAAAAGAGGGUCUAAAAGAUACCAUUUCCGUGAAUAUGGAAAAGGAUAUUGUAGAAAACAACUCAAUUCGGAAGAAGUCUUCCAGCCCCUCCUCUUCCUUAGUGUUCCCACAACAAGAGAAGCACCUUAGAGAAGAAACUCUCGGGUCUCCUGUUACACCCAAUAUUCCCAUAGCCUGUCCCAUAACCACACAUUCAACAUACAUGAACCAACAGCAGCCAAGUUUGCAACCAUGGAGGCAACUUGGACCAUAUGCAUACGGACAUCUAGCCCAUGUUAGACCCAGUGAACCUCCUGUGUUGCAUCCUGGACAAAUGCCUGCUUUAAAUGGGCCAAGUGCAUGUUUUAGUAACCCUGGAAGCAGUUAUAGUGUCGCUCCCUAUUGGGGACCUGGACAGUUUAGACCUAAUGCUGGAACUGGCCCUGGUGACACUCCUGCGCAUGGACAGUUUAGACCUAAUGCUGGGAUUGGCCCUGGUUGUACUCCUGCAUUUGGACAGUUUAGACCUCCUACUGCUGGAACUAGCCCUGGUGGCAAUUCCGGAGAGUUUAGACCUCCUUUACCUGGACAAUUUAGACCUACUGCUGGAAAUGGCCUUGGUGGUACUCCUGGACCUGGACAGUUUAGACCUCCUACUACUGGAAUCGGCCCCGCUGGUACUUAUGCACUUGGAUAUUUUGUUGGGGGUCAGAUGCCAUACAGACCGGGAUAAACAUAAGACUAUUUUUGGUCGAUUGCGCUCAACCACCAGCGGAUUUAUGACAGGAAGAAUAUUGGAAAAUUUGUUCUCUAUAAUUCCAGACAGUUAAUGGGUAGGUUGAUUAUUUAACGCUUACAAAUGAAAAUGAAAUCUUUAUUUGGAUAGAAUGUGCUUGGAGGCAAAUCUGGAGGAAGCAUCACAGAUAGUUGUAUCUUAUUCUUCCUCAGUUCUGAUUCGUGUUAUGGGGGUACUCUGCCUUAUUCUUCCAAUUGUGUAGCCUAGUCCUCCACAAUUGUGUAGGUAGUAAAAGCCUCGAUGUUAGGUGCUUAAAUGGUAAAUAUUCCCCGGGCUAAUGUGUAAAUUGCUUUAACUGUUUAAACUAAUGAUGAAUAGAUGUGUAAUAUGUAUACAAAUAAUGAUGUUUAUAUAUUACCAUAUAAUUUUACAA